AUGACCACCUAUACUCUGCUUCUUGUACUCACCGUCCUCGCGGUCGGGCGGGCGGGGCCGCAGCGCGACCGCGACAGCCUGCCGCGUGGUUCCUCGAUCGCCGUCGAGGACCACGCCUCCGACGUCCUCGUCUCCCCGAACGGCGCGUUCGCCUGCGGCUUCCACGCCGUCUCCCCCACCGUCUUCACCUUCUCCGUCUGGUUCGCGCGCUCCGCCGUGGCCGACCGCGCCGUCGUCUGGUCAGCCGCCGCCGGCCCCACCGCGCGCCGGGUCGUGCACAGCCAGGGCUCCCGCCUCGCGCUCGACGGCCGCCGCGGCGCGCUCGUCCUCACCGACUACGACGGCGAGGUCGUCUGGAACUCCACCGCCCGCGACGGCGCCGCGCGGGCGAGGCUCCGGGACACCGGCAGCCUCGCCGUCGAGGACGCCCGGGGGGCCGUCCUGUGGCAGAGCUUCGACCACCCCACCGACACCCUGCUCCCCGCCCAGACCGUCGGCGCCAACGGCCUCGUCUCCUCCGGCAGGCUCCUCGCGCCGGGCCACUACGGCUUCCGCUUCAGCGACUACGCCAUGCUCUCGCUGGUGUACGACGACGGCGGCCAGGUGUCCAGCAUCUACUGGCCCAACCCCUACUUCAGCUACUGGCAGAACAGCCGCAAGAUCUACAAUUUCAGCCGCCAGGCCGGCUUCGAUUCCUCGGGCCAUUUCCUCGCCAGCGACAACGCCACCUUCGACGCCGCCGAUCUCGGCGCCGCCGGAGUCACCAGGAGGCUCACGCUCGACACGGACGGCAACCUCCGGAUGUACAGCCUGGACGCCCGCGGGAACACGUGGUCCGUGUCCUGGAUGGCAUUCCCUAACCCCUGCAUCAUCCACGGCGUGUGCGGCGCCAACGCGGUGUGCCUCUACACGCCCUCGCCGUCCUGCGUCUGCGCCCCCGGCCACGACCGCGCCGACCGGAGCGACUGGAGCAGAGGGUGCCGCCCGACGUUCGGAAACCCCACCGGCGUAGCCCGUGACCACGUGAAGUUCGUGGAGCUUCCGCACACCGACUUCUGGGGCUUCGACCUCAACAACAGCGAGUUCCUGUCGCUGGACGCCUGCCAGGCGCAGUGCGUCGGCGAGCCGUCCUGCGUCGUGUUCCAGUACAAGCAGGGCAAAGGGGAGUGCUACCCCAAGAGCCUCAUGUUCAACGGCAGGACGUUCCCCGGCAUGCCCGGCGCGGCGUACAUCAAGGUGCCCGCCGAUUUCGAUGUGCCGGCGGCGAACGUCCACCAGUGGCAGACCGAUGGCAUCAGCGGCCUUGCCACCGACGAGGACAUCGCCCGAUGCCAAGGCGGCGCAGGCUUACCACCGGAGUUCUUGCUCAACGUCUCCAGUACAGCAAGGGCGAGCAGCAGCCAGCGCAAGUCGCUAUGGUUCUACUUCUACGGAUUCCUGUCCGCAUUCUUGGUGAUCGAGGUGUUUGUGAUAGCCUUUGGGUGCUGGCUCUUCUCCAAGAAAGGAAUACUGUCCAGGCCGUCAGAGCUCUUGGCUGUGGAGGAAGGGUACAGGAUGAUCACCAGCCAUUUCCGGGCAUACACCUACUCGGAGCUGCAGAGGGCGACCAGGAAGUUCCGCAGCCACGGCGGUUCUGGUAUCGUCUACAAGGGGGUCCUGGACGACGAGAGGACGGUGGCCGUCAAGGUGCUGCAGGACGUGAGCCAGAGCGAGGAAGUGUUCCAGGCCGAGCUGAGCGCGAUCGGCAGGAUUUACCAUAUGAAUUUGGUGAGGAUGUGGGGAUUCUGCUCAGAAGGCGUGCACCGGAUCCUUGUCUACGAGUAUGUCGACAACGGAUCGCUAGCAAACGUGCUGUUCCAAAGUUCUGGCAAGCUCCUAGGAUGGAAGCAGAGGUUUAACAUUGCCCUCGGCGUGGCGAAAGGGUUGGCCUAUCUUCAUAACGAGUGCCUAGAGUGGAUUAUCCACUGCGACAUGAAGCCUGAGAACAUACUGCUAGACGAUGAAAUGGAGCCCAAGAUCACCGACUUUGGGCUGGCGAAGCUGCUCAACAGAGACGGGUCUGACUCGGGCUUGUCGCGGAUCCGAGGAACAAGGGGGUACAUGGCGCCCGAGUGGAUCUCCAGCCUCCCGGUCACCGAGAAGGUCGACGUGUAUAGCUAUGGUGUGGUGCUCCUGGAACUGAUGAAAGGGAGGAGGGUUUCAGAUUGGGUGGUGGAUGGGGCACAGGGGCUGGAAACUGAUGUGAGAGCUGUAGUUAAGAUGAUCGUCGACAGAUCGAAGCUUGAUGAUGUAGGGUGGAUUCUGGACCUGGUGGAUGAACGGCUGGAUGGCCAAUUUAAUCAUGUGCAAGCUAAGAUGAUUGCCCAAUUGGCUAUCUCGUGUCUAGAGGAAGAUAGAAACAAAAGGCCUGGUAUGAAGAAUGUAGUGCAGAUGCUCAUCUCUGCAGAUGAUGAGUCCAGAGGUCAUCAGUAUCCAGAUAUAUGAUUCUAUUUAUUUCGGAAUUCCUUUAGUGUUCGUAUGUACAUAUAUACAAGCUUCUGUCACAACUAACCAUGUCUUUUAUUUGCCAAAAAGAAAAUACUCCUAUGUCUUUU